AUGGCCACCAUCCAGUCGGAGACUGACUGCUAUGACAUCAUCGAGGUGCUGGGCAAGGGCACCUUCGGGGAGGUGGCCAAGGGCUGGCGGCGAAGCACGGGCGAGAUGGUGGCCAUCAAGAUCCUGAAGAACGAUGCUUACCGCAACCGAAUCAUCAAGAACGAGCUGAAGCUGCUGCGUUGCAUGAGGGGCCUGGACCCGGAGGAGGCGCACGUCAUCCGCUUCCUCGAGUUCUUCCACGACGCCCUCAAGUUCUACCUGGUCUUUGAGCUGCUGGAGCAAAACCUUUUCGAAUUCCAGAAGGAGAACAACUUUGCGCCCCUUCCCGCCCGCCACAUCCGCACGGUCACCCUGCAGGUGCUCAGAGCCCUGGCCCGGCUCAAGGAGCUAGCCAUCAUCCACGCCGAUCUCAAGCCUGAGAACAUCAUGCUGGUGGACCAGACUCGCUGCCCCUUCAGGGUCAAGGUGAUCGACUUCGGCUCGGCCAGCAUAUUCAGCGAGGUGCGCUAUGUGAAGGAGCCGUAUAUCCAGUCUCGCUUCUACCGGGCCCCCGAGAUUCUGCUGGGGCUGCCCUUCUGUGAGAAGGUGGAUGUGUGGUCCCUGGGCUGCGUCAUGGCUGAGCUGCACCUGGGCUGGCCCCUCUACCCAGGCAACAACGAGUACGACCAGGUGCGCUACAUCUGUGAGACCCAGGGCCUGCCCAAGCCCCACGUGCUGCACGCCGCCUGUAAGGCCCACCACUUCUUCAAGCGCAACCUUCACCCCGACGCCACCAACCCCUGGCAGCUGAAGUCCUCGGCUGACUACCUGGCUGAGACCAAGGUGCACCCACUGGAGCGCCGCAAGUACACGCUCAAGUCACUGGACCAGAUUGAGACGGUGAACGGCGGCGGGGCAGCCCGUCGGCUGACCUUCCCCGACCGCGAGGCGCUGGCGGAGCACGCCGACCUCAAGAGCAUGGUGGAGCUGAUCAAGCGCAUGCUGACGUGGGAGUCGCACGAACGCAUCAGCCCCAGCGCCGCCCUGCGCCACCCCUUCGUGUCCAUGCAGCAGCUGCGCAGCGCCCAUGAGACCACCCGCUACUACCAGCUCUCGCUGCACGGCUGCCGCCUCUCCCUGCAGGUGGAGGGCAAGACACCUGUGUCUGUUGUGGCUGCCGUGGAAGACGGGCCCCCCUACCACGGUCCGGCCGAGGAGGAGGAGACCGUGAGUCUGGGCAGCGGGCCUUUAUUCCGGGAGGAGAAGGCACCGGCCAUGCAAAAGGCCAUCGAUCAGCUGGACGACUUGAGUCUGCAGGAGGCGGGGCGUGGGCUGUGGGGCGAGACCCGCACUGGCGUCGUCCCCGACGUGCUGGCCCCACUCAAGGCCCCUGCCGCUGGCCGCUGGGUGCCCGACUCCGGCCCCGAGCCCAUCCUGGCCUUCUACGGCAGCCGCCUGGCAGGCCGCCACAAGGCCCGCAAGCCCCCCGCAGGCUCCAAGUCCAACUCCAACUUCAGCAACCUCAUCCGGCUGAGCCAGGCCUCGCCCGAGGAAGACGCCCCGUGCAGGGGCGGCGGCUGGGCGGAAGGAGAGUGGCGAGGGGCCUCUGUGGAGCUGCCUGCCAUCCCGCAGCGGGACGGGGAUGGGCCGGACAUCAAGGACAUGACCGUGGAUGCUGAGAGGCCAGGCCCUGACUUCUUCGACCUCAGCAGCUGUCCUGGGGAAUGGCUGGGUCAGCCAGACUGGACCCUGGAGGGCGUCGGGGGGCCACAGGCUCAGGGGCUCCCACCACGCCACACCCACCCGCAUGGUCCACCCCGGGCCACCAGCUUUCUGCAGCAUGUCGGCGGGCACCACUGAUGGUGACCCCACCCUGCCCAUCACUGGGUGAAGCGCUAGCGGGGCUGGCAUCCCCUCCUCAGAGCUAUCCCCUGAACCGACAAACUAUUCUUACAGAAAGAUAAUUAUCCAGAAAUUCCCCAUUCCCCCCCCACCCCCCGCUCACGGCACAUGCCUGCACACACACCCUGAACACAGGAGGGUUUUGGGGUCUGGCCCGUGGCCCCCUCGGCCAGAGGGACACAGGAAGGGGCCUGCACCCCACUGGCCCUGAGCACACCCUCGGCCCUGCUGUCUCUGUUUAUUUCA